CGCACGUUGCGUUCACGUCAAAAAGUUGUAAACUGAAGAAAACUAUAGAUUUUUAUAGUAAAGUUUUCUUCUGUUUUGAGGCGUGAAUUCGCCCUAGUGACCCGAAAGCAUAAUGCCGGAGUUAGCAAGACCUAAGAAGAACCAAAACUUAAUAAUCGAGGAAGAAGAUCUACCGUACGAGGAGGAAAUCCUGCGAAAUCCUUUUUCUGUGAAGUGUUGGCAGAGAUAUGUCGAGCACAAGACUAAGACAGGAUCCCGCUCUGCGGUCAACAUGAUCUAUGAGCGUGCACUAAAAGAACUUCCAGGAAGUUAUAAGUUGUGGUAUAACUACCUCAAGAUCCGCCGGAAGCAAGUAAAGGGGAGACCAGUGAAGGAUCCUUUGUACGAAGAAGUGAAUAAUGCAUUUGAGAGAUCACUAGUCUUCAUGCAUAAGAUGCCGAGGAUUUGGCUUGACUACUGUCAAUUCCUUGUCGAUCAAUGCAAGAUAACAAAGACACGCAGGACGUUUGACCGUGCCCUGCGUGCCCUACCAAUCACACAGCACUACAGGAUAUGGCCCUUGUAUCUGAAGUUUGUACGCAUGUACCCAGUGUAUGAGACUGCAGUUAGAGUGUACCGACGAUACUUGAAGCUCGAACCGGAAAACACUGAAGGAUACAUAAACUACCUUUUGUCUAUUGGGUGGAUGGAUGAGGCUGCGAGGAGGCUUGCAAACAUUGUCAACAAGGAGGACUUUGUUUCAAAGGAAGGGAAAUCCAGUCACCAGCUGUGGCAUGAGUUGUGUGAAAUUAUUUCCAAGAACCCAGAUAAGGUAAAAAGUCUGAAAGUGGCAGACAUCAUCCGAGGAGGGCUGAGAAGAUUCACCGACAGCUUGGGCCAACUCUGGUGCUCCCUUGCUGAUUAUUACAUCAGAAGUGGCCACUUUGAAAAGGCAAGAGAUGUAUACGAGGAAGCAAUACAGACCGUUAUGACUGUCCGCGAUUUUGGCCAGGUGUUUGAUGCAUAUGCCCAGUUUGAGGAGAGCAUGAUCAGUGCGAAGAUGGAGACCACAGCAGAGAUGGGAGCCACUGAGGAAGAGGACAUAGACCUAGAGCUGAGAUUGGCUCGAUUUGAACACCUAAUGGACAGACGGCCUCUACUUCUUAGCAGCGUGCUCCUCAGACAGAAUCCCCACAACGUCCACGAAUGGCACAAGCGCGUCAAGCUGUACGACGGCAAACCCAAAGAAAUCAUCAACACAUUCACAGAAGCCGUGCAAACGGUCGACCCCAAACUCGCCACAGGGAAACCCCACACGCUGUGGGUAGAAUUCGCGCGCUUUUACGAGAAGCACAACCAGUUGGCAGAGGCGCGAGUCAUCUUCGACAAAGCGACUAAAGUGAACUAUCGUCACGUGGACGACCUGGCGAGUGUGUGGUGUGAGGUAGCGGAGAUGGAGAUACGUCACGAAAAUUACUCGAAGGCUCUCGAGCUGAUACGAAAAGCAACAGCAGUACCAUCAACGAAGACAAACUACUAUGACGAGUCCGAGACUGUGCAGAAACGUGUCCACAAGUCGCUAAAGCUGUGGUCAAUGUACGCGGAUCUGGAAGAGAGCCUGGGCACGUUCCAGUCCACCAAAGCCGUGUACGGUCGCAUCCUCGACUUGCGGAUUGCCAACCCUCAGAUAAUCAUCAACUACGCCAUGUUCCUUGAGGAGCAUAGGUAUUUUGAGGAGAGCUUCAAGGUUUAUGAGCGUGGUGUCGCCAUGUUCAAGUGGCCAAAUGUGUUUGACAUUUGGAACACAUACCUCAGCAAAUUUAUCAAGAGAUAUGGAGGGACGAAACUAGAAAGAUCACGAGAUCUUUUCGAACAAGUCCUUGAUGGAUGCCCGGCAAAGUUUGCCAAAGCCUUCUUAUUAAUGUACGCUAAGAUGGAGGAGGAGCACGGUCUAGCUCGUCAUGCGAUGGCGAUCUACGAUAGAGCUACGAAAGCCGUGCUUCCGGAAGAGAAGUUCGAGAUGUUCAACCUAUACAUCAAGCGAGCCGCGGAAAUAUUCGGCGUCACUCACACCAGAGAAAUCUACGAAAAGGCCAUUGAAGUGCUUCCAGACGAUGACGCAAGGGAGAUGUGCAUCCGCUUUGCCGAGCUUGAGCGUAAACUUGGGGAAAUCGACCGCGCACGGGCUGUUUACAUGCAUGCCUCACAGAUAUCUGACCCACGGCGCACGCCGUCGUUCUGGAAGACGUGGCACGAGUUUGAAGUGCAUCAUGGGAACGAGGACACGUUCCGAGAAAUGCUUCGAAUUAAACGCAGUGUGCAAGCCCAAUUCAACACCCAGGUUAACUUCAUGUCGGCGCAAAUGCUAGCUGCGGCAACUGGCAAGCCAGUAGGUGAGGUGGACGAAUUGGCUCAAUCUGAUGAGAUGCAAAAGCUGGAGCAGAUGCAAGCGGCCAAGGAGCCCGUGCAGCCCAAGGAGAAAGUGCUCUUUGUCAGGGGGGGUACAACAGAGGAAGAAUCAGACGAAGCGACGCAAGCAACAAAUCCCGAGGAGAUUGACAUCGAUGAUGACGACGACGACGAUGAAGAAAACGAGGAAACCGCUACGAAAAGUGAAGUUCGUUUGGAGCAACGUGCGAUACCAAGCGAGGUAUUCGGAGGUCUGGCCAAGGAGGAUGACUAACAGGACUCAGUUCUUUCUCCAGAUUGAGUCUCGAGUUGUUAUAAGCUACAAAAAAUUUCAUUAAUAAACUAUAUCAACGAA